UCUACUGCGGCUGCGCAGUCUGUGAAACAGAAACCGGAAGUACAGGGUGUAAACAUGUGCCCCAUAUAGGCUAUAAAUCAGUGUUUUAUCGCUUUUAGAAACAUUAUUCAGCAGUUUAACCCCGUUUGGACGGUUGCCAGGUGUUUUUGAAGAGCCAGAUCUCCUGCCUGUCAGAAGGGCAUGACUUUUGAGUGAUAAUGGCACUGCGGGCAUGUGGAUUUAUAAUAUUCCGGCGCCUGGCACAGACUUCUGUUGACAACAUUGAAUAUCUUCUCCUGCAGACCUCCUAUGGAGAACACCACUGGACUCCUCCUAAAGGUCACGUAGACCCCGGUGAGGAUGACCUGACCACGGCGUGGAGGGAGACUCAGGAGGAGGCUGGUUUGGGUAAAGAGCACCUGCGUGUAGUUGAUGGGUUUCUGCAUAGACUGCAUUAUGAAGUUCGGGGCAGGCAGAAGGAGGUCCUCUAUUGGCUGGCUGAGCUGCAGGACCCCAGAAUAAAUGUCACCCUGUCAGAUGAGCACCAGGACUACCGCUGGGCCAGACUGGAGGAGGCAUGCAAGCUGGCAAAGUACAAGGAUCUGCAGGACACGCUUAAAGAUGUACAGCAGUUUUUGGAAAAAGGGGAGGGUUUGAAACAGUGAACACCUGUUCUGUGUUAAUGUAAGAAGAGGAGAAGCAUUCUUACUGUUCAGCUUUCUGUUUUGUGAAUAUAUUGGGGUCGUUUGGAGAAUUUAACUUAUUGCUUUGAUCAAUUUAGCACAGACAAAUAUAAGUUUAGGCAGAUAAUAGUAAAUAUAAUCACAAUGGAUUUCCUGGAGAUUUUCUGUACUGUAUAAUACUGACAUUAAACAACAGCAUAAGUCAA